GAUGACAACUGGGGUGAAACCACCACGGUGGUGACGGGGACAUCAGAACACAGCAUCUCCCACGAUGACAUCACCCGUAUCACCAAGGACAUGGAGGACAGCGCCCACUUGGACUGUUCCCGACACUUGGGCGUCUCGUUGGCCGGGGCGUUGGCUCUCCUCGCUUUCCUCACUCCUCUCGCCUUUAUGCUCCUACCCCAACUACUAUGGCGAGAAGAAUUAGAACCUUGUGGGACACCUUGUGAAGGGCUUUUCAUUUCCGUGGCCUUCAAACUCCUCAUCCUCAUGUUGGGUAGUUGGGCUCUUUUUUUCCGUCGCCCCAAAGCUUUUUUCCCCCGCGUUUUCGUGUUCCGAGCGUUACUCAUGGUGUUGGUUUUCCUCCUGGUUGUAUCUUAUUGGCUUUUUUAUGGGGUGAGGAUCUUGGAUACGAAGGAUCGGAAUUACCAAGGGGUGGUCCAAUACGCCGUGUCCUUGGUGGACGCUCUGCUCUUCGUUCAUUAUUUGGCCGUGGUGUUGUUGGAGUUACGACAGCUCCAGCCUCAGUUCACCCUCAAAGCCGUUCGCUCGGCCGACGGGACCAGUCGCUUCUAUAACGUCGGGUAUCUCAG